CAGCACCUGCACACCUGCGGCUAUGCUCGUGGAAGAACUGCCUCAGCGGCGCGGGCCCCCGCCCCCGCGCGGCGGCCCCGAGCCUUCGAGCUGCCGCCCCCCGAUCUACGACUGCGCGGACGCUGCGCGGUGCAGGGGCGGCACUGCGUGGCUGCGCGGUGCCCCGCUCGCGUCGGGUGGCCGCUCGAAGCUCGGCAGGCAAAGGGCGGCCGGGCAGGCGGCGCACGGCUGCCGCGCCCGCUGCGGCUGCGCGCUGCCUGCACAGUGCUGCCCGCGCGGUCUGGAACUCGGCGGCGGGCGACGCAACGGGCUUCUCGGAAGGCGCGGGGGCUUCUGGGGAGCCCCGCCGCCUUCUGAAAAAAAAGCGUGGUCCGUUGCAUUUCUCCCCUCGCCCGCCGCCGAAAAACGGCCAAAAACAUCCCGUCUGGAUGUUUUUCAAGACGCUGACACGUCUGGGGCUGCUCUUACCCAGCACGAGGAAGAAGAGGAGGACGAAAACGAGGAAGAGGAGGAAGGAGGGAAGGUGGAGGAGAGGCAACCAGGAAGGGAGGGAUGGGCGUCGGACGUGUGCCGGAGAGCCGCGUCGAGCGGCCGACUCUCCGUCCGCCGCGUCCGCUCAAGCACGAGCGAGGGCCAGACAAAAAAGUUUAAGCGAGCGAAGGCUGGCCUAAAAAGUUUGCCGAGGGUCAGGAGGUGAGCUCGGGGUGUGGAGAACCGGCCACAUCGCUCGAGAUGCGCAACAGGGAAACACCAGGGAGAGGAGGAGAAGGUGGUCCUAUUGUCGGCUUCCGUGCACCAGAAGAGAGUCGGGGCCUCACCUUAGCCGACCAUCUGAGGAUGCGCCAAAAAAGCCGAGGAAAAACGCUGCAAUGAGUGGCACUGAAACGUGAGGUCCUUGAUGCAGGUCGUGUCUCUUCACAAGACAGGCCCUGCGCAAAACGCUGCUCAGAAAGCACGAGCGCGAGGCACAACGCAGAAGUACGUCGCACAGAGCGUAGGGGUGGGCUGAGGAGGAGGAGGAGGAGGAGCAGAAGCAGGAGGAGGAACUCGCUGGAGGUCUGCCUCGCCUGGAAGCGCUCCACUCUGCGUUGCCCCCGGUUAAAAAGCCGCGCGCAGGCCGCCGCGCCAAGGCACGCGCGCGCCAUCCAUGUGGGCGCGGGCCCGGGCGGCGAGGUCCCCUGUCUGUGAAGGGUCGCUGGCGCCAUCUGUGCCGCGGCCGGCGCCCCAUUGGAGGCGAAUGGCCGGCGCUUCGCGGCGGAGUCGGGGGUGGGGGACGAGAGAGAGGAAGAGAGAGAGAGAAAGAGCGUGGAAGGAGAAAGAUGUCAAACAGAAAUGUGUUUGAAAUGACAGCCUAGCUGACAGGCCGCUACGCCGGUCUAACAAGCAGGGGCACCACAUGGCAUUGCAUAAUUACCUACGGCGUCCCAUCGUCAAUCCCUACCGCCCCCGCAACCGCGUUGCGUUGUGUCGGCUGGCGCCUACGAAACAGGCGUGCGUGGAUACUAUUCGGUCGGGGCCCUCACACGGAGCUCCCUCGCAGGCCGGCCGACGGCGGCGAGCGUGAUCUGACGUGCACGUGCGGCGCCUCUGCGCCACAGAGCAUGUUCCAUGCAACCGCCACCGGGUGGCAGCCGUGCUCCGGAGAGGAGCCUCAAUGCCUGCGCCAUGGCUUCCCCGAUGGCGAGCCGUCGCCCCUGAUCCUUACCGCCGGUGUUCUCGCAGCCGUAGCGCCGCGAGGCCU